AUGAGCGACGAUCGAGUGGCAGUCGGUAAACCCUUCUUUGAUGCCUCAGCGCUUCUUCUGGUCGAUACGCGAGCAUCUCAAUCACUAGAGCCUAUACGUUUGCCUGCCAAGCUGAGAGAGCGAAUUGACCGUGCACAGCGUCGUGCUAAUGCUGCCAAGGAAGGCCUCUCGAUUUUUACCAAGGAGUCCAAAGACGCAGCCGUUCCUGCACCUACAGCGACAGCGGGGAGACGAAUAGCCACUGCCCCACCACCUGAGACCACAACAGCCUCGAUUUUCGGUGGCAUUGCCGACCCUCAUCGCGCUUCAACUGCAAACGGUGGAAUGGACGACAAAAUGCACCUUCCUAACGUCGUGCUCAGUCACAAAAUGCGGGACUUUGAAGCGCGCGCAAACGCAGGAGGAAACGUGGUGCUAUUUUCAGCGGACGCAGCAGAUCGAAGUUUGCAAGGACUGUCAUUGGAAGACCGUGAACGGGUAAUGCUGGUGAUGCAGACAAAGAUCCGACAAAUUGCCAGCGACGUGGAUGCGAAUUUUGCUCGGAUCACCAAGGCACUUGAUGCGAACGGGAUAUUUGAUUCGACCGCUAACAUCCAACGAGCACAAACGCUUUGUCUUGUGGACCUGCAGCGCCGGUGUAAGCUGGACAAACUUCGAGAUGAGGCGAUGCGUGAGGUGCUGAACCUAUCUACGUCAGUCAUAGCGAACCAAAAGACCCCCGUCAACCCGGCUCGCAAGCUCAGUCAACUUUUGGGACCAACAACUAGACGAAAAUCUGCUGAGGCGACAGCAGCAGCUCUUAACUCGACGACCACGCGUAGGAAGCGGAAGCCAGUCCGUGCCGCGAAGCUUCCAGCCCUCUUUACUUCUGGCAAGAGCGUUAACGAGAAAAGUAACAACCAGAUAUCGUCCUCGCCACAAGAUCACCAGCAAAAUAGUGGGAAUAUUGAUAACAAUAAGGAUCUAGGAGUGACACGGGUGUUAACACGUCGCGGUGGUCUCGCACCUCCUGCUUCAGCAUCUCAGACACAAAUACGAGAGGAGGUUGGAUGGAACACUGUGGCCACGAGCAACAAGAACGCCAACGACUGGGAACUCUCCACCCGACACUCUCAUGUGACACAGAUACUGCAAUCCCUGGUCGCUGGUGAGACGCCAAAUACCAAGACAUUAAGUACUUUCAACGCGAAUAGCGCUGAAGCAGAUAUGGACCAUUCACGAGUGUUGAAUCCGGUGGAUGAGUGGACUCAACGUCCCGCCAGCUACCAGGCAGUAGGGGCACGGUCAACUGAAGCUGUUCGGAAAUGCGGUGGACGCCAGCGUUGGGACACACUUGGACAUUUUCGAAAAAAAAGCUUUCGAGCUGGCCAACAACGGGAUCAGCAAAUGUAUGCAGAGCUUCAGGCCAACAUCCGCGAGCGCCUCAUUGCUAGCGAAAGACGAACACGAACAGCAGCUGCAGCGGUACGAUCAGUGAGGACUUCGCGCCAGAAACGUCUACCCCAGACAGCUCCUGUGAAGAUAAAAGAAACAAGCUACUCGACAGCGUCUCUUCCAUUUGGGCAACUGUCUCCACCUCGAGGAGAUCAGCUACAGCCGCUACAAGAUGAAGUUUACUCGCCAAUUCUUGGUAUAUCCGUGUCUACUCCCGUGUUAUCGUCGACUAUGGAAGGCUCCUCUGAGCUUCCAUCUUCUUCCUCGUCACAGAAACAUUCACGGUUUGGCUCUCGCGUGAGGAGGUCAGUGUUGGAGCUAAAGCUGAUGAGGGAUCCGUCUCUGUUAAUGUCCAGGCAUGGGAGAGGGAAAGAAUCCCUUAUCGGUGUACCACAUACCCAGCUAGGCAACAAGUCCAUUGGUCGUCAUUCAGAAGCUCGGAUAGCUUAUCGAAGAGAUACAGCCCAAACGUGGGCGUGGCAUCACUCCCCAGAGUCCACCCCUAAUAGUGCAGUGGACACCAUUGCGGAGGAUGAAGAUGAACGUGACGAGGAUCGAUUCAAUGAAGAAGGGUACGAUCACAAUGACAAGGAUUGCAGUGAGGAGGGAGACGACAGAGAAGACGGAACGGAAGACGGCGACGGCGACGCGGAAAGUGUUGAUAGUAGUCGCACUAGUACUGGCAACAGAAAACAAGGCAAAAGCAAGAGAUUGCCAACUGUGCAACGUCGGGCAAGUCGCAGCGCUGCUAAUCGUUCUACGGCCAAUACGUUGGCAGGCCACGCACUAAGUCUUCAUGCUCGACUGGAAGUCAUUUGGCGUGUGCUGCAUUUCCCUUACUCGAACAAAUUGACCAUGCUGGAACGAUUAUCAACGCUUCAAGACGCGGAUGCCUUCGAAUCGGUGCUCGAACAUUGGGAACGUGUCACUCCAUUGAUUGCUAUCCGACAACGUAUGAAGCUUGCGUUAUCCGGAUACGCUGAGCGAGGCGAGUUGCGCCCAAGCGAAUGGCUCACGCAAUCUGAAAUUGCACUUAUUCAGAAUCACUCCGAUGCAGUGACGUUGCAGAUACAAAAGCUUGCAAACGACCUCAAAACUCACACGGGUGAAGAACUUCAGUUCCGGGGGCACCCGUAUCCAAGGCGUUGA